UCUCGCUGCAGCGGGCAUUUUGCUUCAGCCAUAAUCUGCUCAAGUUUGUGCUCCAAAGCUCCAGGUCUCUGAGUGCGGGUGGAGAUGCCCGGGCAGGGAAGACGCCAUAGUCGCGGUCCACACAGCACACACGAUAGCAAGAAGCUGGGCGACACUUCCCAUGUGACCCGCGCCAGGGCCGGGACAGGGGCAGUCAAGCGGGGGGCGUCCUCCUGCACCUCCGUUAUCGCCCCGCCUCUCUCACGGUGUCCUUUGGCGGCCUUGAGGAGACGCCCCGCAGAGGUUGGUGUGACCUUUGCGGACAUUGCCUUGUGCUUCUCCAGGGAAGAAUGGUGCCUGCUUAAUGAAGAUCAGAGAUGCCUGUACUUGGAUGUGAUGCUGGAAAAUUUUGAACUAGCAUCCUCACUGGGUUCCUGUUGUGGAGCAGAGGAUGUGGAAGCACCAAUUGAACAGAAUGUUCCUGUUAGAGUUUCAGAGGCAAAGAAUCUCAAGGUAGCUUUGCCUUGCUGGAAGAGCCACCCCUGUGAGAGUUGUGGACCCAUCUUGAGACGUAUUUUCCACUUGAGUGAGCAUCAAGAAACACAACGCAGCCAGAAACUAUUGAGGUGUGGGACACGUGCAACACAAUUUUAUUUCAGUACAAAGUGUCACCACCAACAGGCGUACCAUGUGAGAGAGAAGCCUUUCAUAAGUGAUGUGGACAGGAUGUCACUGGCUAAGGGUUAUAAUUAUAAUGUGUCCCAUGAGCUUUUUACCUGUAGGGAAACUGAAUCGGACAUCCUUACCAAGUCAGAACAAUUCCAUCAAGAGGUUAUUUACACCAGGGAAAGGCCAGAUGAAAUCUCGAUGUCUCAAGGGAUUAUCAAACAAAAAAAUCAUGAAACCCUGAAUGAAUGUGAAAAAACUGUUGGAUGCAACUACACAUAUGUUCAGAAGAAGGGUAUUCCUGCUGGAAGACAGUGUUUUGUGUGCCAUGAUUGUGGAAAAUAUUUUACUGGAAUUCCUACUUUUUGUUAUCAGAGAGUUAAGGCUGGACAAAGGCUAUAUCAGUGCAAUGAAUGUGGAAAAUCUUUUACUAGGAACCAUUCUCUUUAUGUACAUCAGAGAGCUCCUACUGGAGAAGGGGUGUAUCAGUGCAGUGAAUGUGGGAAAUCUUUCAUCCGAAAGAAUGAACUUCGUUGUCAUCAGACAGUACACACUGGUGAAAGGCCCUAUCAAUGCAGUGCAUGUGGGAAAUGUUUUAAAAGAAUCUAUAACCUUUAUUGUCAUCAGAGACUUCACACUGGGGAAAGGCCUUAUGAAUGCAGUGAAUGUGGGAAAUCUUUUACCAGGAAUGAUUCCCUUCAAAUACAUCAGAGACUUCACACAGGAGAAAGGCCUUAUGAGUGCAGUGAAUGUGGGAAAUCUUUCAUUCAAAACCAACUUCAUCGUCACCAGAGAGUUCAUACUGGAGAGAAGCCUCAUGAGUGCAGUAAAUGUGGGAAAUCUUUUAGCCGUAGCACUGGCCUCCGUUAUCAUGAGAGAGUUCACACAGGAGAAAGGCCUUAUAAAUGCAGUGAAUGUGGGAAAUCUUUUACCUAUAGCACUGGCCUUCGUUAUCAUCAGAGAGUUCACACAGUACAAAAAACCUUAUAAAUAUAGUUAAUGUGGGGCAUCUUUUAGCUAAAAUUCUAAUCUUCUUCCACACAUAAGAGCACAUGGGGAGAAGGUCUUAAAUGUGUAUGAAAUGUACAGGGAUUUGUGUGUGUGUGUGUGUGUGUUCCUAGUGUAGGGAUUUUUAAAAAAGAUUUUAUUUAUUUUUUGAGAGGGGGAAGGGAGGGAGAAAGAUAGGGAAACAUAAAUGUGUGGUGGCUUCUCAAGCACCUCCUACCAAAGACAUGGCCCAGAACCCAGGCAUGUGUCCUGAUUGGGAAUUAAACCAGUUAUCCUUUGGUUUGCAGGUCGGCACUCAGUCCACUGAGCCAUACCCCGGGUUGUAGGCAAACUCUUUGAAAGAAGCUUUGUUUGUGUAACAAAUCUCAUACAAUCGAAUAUAAACAUUACAGCACUUCCCCAUAAACUUUUUUUUACAUAGGAAGCAGUAUGUCAAUGAUGUACUUUCUUCAUUUACCCAGGUCCCUUUCUAGACUCAUGUCACUGCAAUUUUCUGUGCUGAAGUUAUUUUACCUGCAGUACCUGUAAGUGUUCCCAGAGACUCAUGCAUCGUCAUCAUAAUGUGUUCAGAGAAGGUAACUGUUGCGCAUGGGUCACCGGCCAGCAGUGACCACGGAACGCUGUGGAUGGCUCGACGAAAAACCCGAGA